AUGGAGGCUUAUGCCGGGCCCUGCUUGUUAUGCCCAAACUCCUUCUGUUGGAGUUUGGCCUUGGGAGGUGCAGUGCUAAGACCUGUGUUUGACAGGUCCUGGAGCAGCAGUGACUUCCGACCCUCUGCUGAAGUACUUGGGAAGCAUGGAGUGUUGGAGGAACAGAAAUCUCCAAGAUUCAAGAAAAGAGAGACAGAGGUGUACGUUGGCAAUCUCCCGCUGGAUAUCUCUGAGGAGGAAAUUCGGUGCCUUCUAAAGGACUUCAACCCUCUCCAUGUCCACAAAAUCCAGAAUGGCUGCAAAUGCUUCGCAUUUGUAGAUGUGGGCUCCAUGCAGAAAGUGGCAUUUGCGAUCCAGGAGCUGAAUGGGAAGCUCUUCCACGAACGAAAACUGUACGUGAAUUCCAACAGAAGGUCUCCCAAGAGGACCCCUGAUGUGACUGAGUGGACGCAGGAGCUGCUGGGUUUGGAGAAGGCCUCUGGUCAAGGAUUUGCCAGAACCACUGCUUGUACACAGCUCGCUCCUAAAGCUUCUGUUGACCCCUGUGAGACAGAGAAACUGAGGACAAGCAUCUUUGCAGUUCCCAUGGAAAUGAGAGGGUCCUUCUUGGUGCUGCUCUUGAGGGAAUGCUUCCGAGACCUGGGCUGGCUGGCCACCGUCCACAGCGUCGGCGGGGACGUGGGGCUGUUGGUGACUAGUAUUGUCCCUCAGACCCCCUUCUUCUGGGCCAUGCAUGUCACGGAGACGCUGCACCAGAACAUGCAGGCGCUGUCCAGAGCCCUGGCCGAGGCGGAGGAGCAGCAGCCCUACCUGCACGACUCGGCUGUGCGGCGCGGGACCCGCUGUCUGGCCGAGUACCAACUGGGUGAUUACGGACGGGCCUGGAACAGGUGCUGGGUGCUGGACCGAGUGGACUCCUGGGCUGUUGCCAUGUUCAUCGAUUUCGGCCAGUUGGCCACCAUCCCAGUGCAGUCCCUGCGCAGCCUGGAUAGUGACGACUUCUGGAAUCCCCCACCGGCUCAGCCAUUCAUGCCGGAGAAAGAUAUUUUGAGUUCAUAUCAGGUUAUCCAUCUCAUCCUCAAAGGGAAAAUCACUGGUGCUUUGAACUUGGAGUUGCACAUCCUGAAGUUUGAAGAGUUUAAAUAACAUGGCUACAAUCGGCAUGUUUCUUCUCUUGUCUAGAUUCAGCCUGCUCUACCCUUUCACUCUUGAGGCCUUGGGGGUGAAAAAGGCCACAGCGGUGCCCAGGAUUGAUUGGAUUCCCCUUUGCCUUUCCCCCAGCGCACUUCUCAGUUUGUCAUGUGCCUUCCGUCCCCCAGCUCAGCGUGAAC